AUGGAUGGACUUCUGCUCACUGGCCGUUCGCGUUCUGUUUACCUCUCUGUUCAGCGCAGCUACGAAAAGCACUGCGCGCUACAAAAUUUAUCUGCAUGGCCAGUUUCAAGACAGUCAUUGACCUCAUGGCUAAGCUCACGACUCCUUGGUAACGCCAACCAAAAGGCCGUCAAACCUGACACCGCACUCGCCGACCUAGCCGCUCUCCGAGCCUACCAUAUCGAUAAUUUCCUUGACGAUAAACUCUUCGAUAACAAGCAUUUUCGGCGUCUCAUAGACGGCGCGAGAAGACCCAAUCCCGUCACAAAAGUACGGGUCAGAAACCCUAUUUCGCGUGACACUAUUACGACACUAUCUGCGGGCCUCGCCGCACUACCACCACGGCCCUCGGAGAUGUCUGCGAACAUUCUAGACGACUUGAACUCCGCAACCGCGUGCCGGGUAGCAUUUGCUGGAUUCAUUCGCCUCGGAGAAUUCGCCUACAAGACUGACGACCUCCGCACACGUUCUAUCUUCUCAGCCACAAAGUUAACGCGCUCCGAUGUCAGAUUCUCGUCCUCGUUAGACCACGCACAACUCACACUCAAGCGCAGUAAGACAGACCGCCGCCACGGAGGCGUGCAAAUUAUUCUGGCAAAGACGGGAGACGGCGCGUGCCCGGUUGAUGCCCUUCAGAAGCUGCUACUGCUCGACCCCAAAGGGCCCCGACGCCCCAUUGUUCUCCUUCCACAGAAGGCCAUUCAGUCGCAACAACUUCCUCUCGACCUUAUCUACUAA